AAAAAGAAAAAUAUAUAUAUAUAUAUGGCGAGCUCAGGCAGAGAUGGCGGUGUAACCAAUGCAGCAGGUUCCCGGUUUCCGGCGGACGGUGAGAGAGAGUUAAAUCCCGGCCAUAACAAGCACGUUGACGUGGAUCCCAUUUCCUCGGAAGCUGCUGCAUCUUUGGUUAUUAAGGAGCAGGAGAAGAGAAAAGCAGCGGAAGAAGAACGAAACCGGGCGAAGAAGAAGGAAGCGAUGCAGACAUUGAAGAUGCCGUUCAUCGUCUCCAGCGUCAUCGCCGCCGUAGCGGUGGUCGCCUUCGCCAUUGUUAAGAACUUACGAGAAAACUGAUUCUCCUCCCUCAUUCUUCUCCAGUUUUUAUUUUUUCUUUUGUUUUUUUUUUUUUUUCAUUUUGU